AUGGCUCCAUUUACCAAAGGCGUCAACGACAACAGUAACCUCAACAGUCGAGCCGCUCCGAGCACUCCCAGCUCUGAAAAUAACAAUCAUCACUCGGGUUCGCCUGUGAUGCACCCGAUGAGACAUUUCCACUCCAUAACAUCGUUUGUUGGAAAAAAGAUUGAAGCUGGAAAUCAACAAACAAACAAAUUCUUUUCUUCUCUAUUGUCUGCACUUCCGAAUCCCAACAUUCCAAAUGUAAAAAUUCCUCUCAUGAAUGAAUUGAAACAAGUCAACUCUACAGUAGUGAAGAAAAUCAAACAAACAACAAAAAAUCAAAAGAUUGGAAUUUCAUUUUCGGAAUGGAUCAGCUUUAGAAAGCCCAAGCAUGAAAUGGAAGAAUCGAACGUACAACAAUUGUCAAAGAUCGAUUCAGUGAGUAGUAGCAUGGAUGAAGAGAUUAGCAUCAAUCUCUCACAAUUACUGUCACAAUUGGAUGGAUUGGAUCAAGAUGAUGAGAUGGACAAGUACACUAAAUUCGAAAAGAUGGAGGCUUUUCGAAUGUGUUUACAGUGUGUGUAUAUGCCAUUAUUUCCUCAAUUAUCUCUUAACAGAGACGACAAGCUUGAAACAUCCAAUGAUAUUGACCUCAAUCUACUAAAGCAAACUCUCAAGACCAGCUUUUCUAGCAUUGUUAAUGAGAGAGAGUUUAAUGAAGCCUGGAGAAAUAUUGACAAUCAAUAUUUUCCAUUUCGAUCAAAAAAUACCAUCGCUCAGAAUAGUGCUGGAAGUGAUCUUGUGAAAAAUGCAAUUUUAUUCCGAAAAUAUUUGGCUGAGAAUGAUUUAAAUCCUGUAUAUAAUAUCAAGAAGUAUGCAAACCAAGCAGAGUAUAAUAACUGGAAGAGAGAUGAGCUGAAUCAAAUAUCCAUUUUACUCAACACCAUCGAUCAACAACGAACCUCUGUAUUUUUAGGAAGUUUAACCUUGUAUCUAAACAUGCUCACAAUUGAUAUACAAAAAGCGUUCAAAAAAAAUGCCAAUAAUAAGCGUCAAUUAUUCUACAAGGUUAGCUAUGUAAAGCAUGUAAAUACUUCACCAAUCGUCUUCGAGUCUGACAAAAUCGAAGAAGAAGGAAUGAUAGUAAAUGGAAGAAAGGACAUUCCUCUCCCCGCCAACGUUGAUCACAAUAUUACGACCUCUGUCGAGGAUCAAGACAUUGUCAUUGAAUUUUACCACUCACAACUGAAAGGUUUAAAAAAAAGUCAUUUUGCAUCAGCAAAAAUUAGCUUAUCGAACAUUAUGAGAAAAGUUUACGAUGAAGAGGGUAUUUGGGGAAGCAACAAAUUUUCUCAAAUUAUUGACUGUUACUCUACAGAGUCUAGUGCUUCUAAUGACAACAUCAUUGGAUGUUUAUCAAUAUCAGGAGAUGUCACCUUUAGGAGAUAUCCUAAAAAUGCAGUUGUACAAUCAGAUUUUUCGAAAGAAAAUAGAAUUGAUUGGAUUGAACAGUACAAAAUAGUGCUCAAAUGUCUCAUUAAGGCAAGGGAGAAUUUGAAAGACACCCUAUGCGAAGCAUUCUUAUGUCCUAGCCAAGCAUGGAUUUUGAACGACUUUGAGAAACGAUACGGAAUCACUGAAACAUACAAGCGAUUGAUAUAUUUGGAGGUGUUUGCCUCAAACAUCAAAUUAGCCAUAACAUUCUCUGAAGACUUACAAAAGUGUUUAGAGCUACUUGACAACAAUAUUGAGAGUAAGCAUUUUCAAAUGACACUGGCAGAGAGAAAUAGAUAUUUUGAUUUGACAGAAAUUUUGGUGAAAAAGAUUGAAAAAGCUCUCAAGAAAUUUAUCUCCAUGUUUCCAAAGAACCAGCCACCUGGAGCUCUUAAAUCAUUUGUUUUUGUUCACCGCCUUCUGUGCUGUGAUUAUAACAAUCACAUUAGUGAGAAUGAUUACAAAAAGAAGCUCAAACACAUUAUUAACACAGCUCUCCAAGAUCAUCUGGAUUUAAUUCUUAAGGAUAUCAUGACAAGCUUGGGAAUUGACCAAAUGAAUGGGCCAGUGCUAGUAGAAUUAUGUAAAGAGCUUGUUACUGUGGUGGACUCAGUAUUCUAUUACUAUGGCGUUUUUCCAUUUGAAACCUUUGAAAUGGAUUGUCUGCAAUUCUAUUAUUCCAAAUUUGAAUAUUUCAUCAAUGAAUGCAAAAAGAACAAUACUAUUAAUGGAUUUUACAUGCUGACCUUAUGUAGUACCAUGAAAGCCCUCCAUGAUGAAAUUCGCAAUGACUUUUCAGAGAAGGAUCUUGAAAAAUUCAAAUUCAUCGAUUGUCAAGCGCUUAGCGCUGGAUAUGCUGAUAGAUACAUUGGUGAAUUGAGAGACAUUUUAUCGAAAUGGAUCAAACAAUCAAUUGCUGUGGAUACAUUUGAACCCGUUACAGACAGCACCAUGCACAGUACUUCAGUAGUGGACUAUUUCACUUCUGUGAAUCAGGUCUUUGAAAUGUUGAAACAAUUAGAUUUCUCAAAUUCAGAUUUAUUUAUGAGAUUCGCUGAGCUGGUCAUUCAAAUCACAACCACAGAGUAUGCCAAGAAGCUCUCGGAUAUGUGUCUUAAUGAAAUUCAUAGCAGUCAGUCCAUGAAUCAGUCAGAAUCUGAAAAACAAUCCUCUGGCAUGCUCUUUAAUCUCAUUCCAAAAGCAUUAUCGAAAGGUUUAUCCUCGUCCUCAAAUAUCAAUAUUCUUCCGAUUGGAAUUUCCAAACAAUUUGUGAUUCGUCUCAACGAUAUUGAAGCUUGUAGACAAAUGUUACAAAAUGUUGUUCAAACCAUAUUCGAUAGUACUGCAUGGCAAGAAUAUGAAGAUCAAGAAGAUGCACUUUUAGAUAUGGACGCUAACGAGGAUGGUGAUAUUGAUUUUGACUCCCUUGAAAAGAAGUCCAAUGAAAAAUCAAAAGCCAUCGAAGAAGAGUUCCAGAAAAAAUCAAACUUGACGAUUCAAAAAUUUUCAAAACAAUUCAACGAAAUGCUUUUUGACUUGACCUUAAUGACAGCCAACAUUUUUCAAGCAUCUAUUCGAAAUACCAUUACACACAUUUUACAGGAAGCUAAAAAAGACCUACAGAAAGUAUCUGGAAAGACAGAAGUCCUCAAACUCUUUCAACACAAAUCCGAUAGUUUUCUUGAAAAUACGCUAUUUAAAUCAGUUUUGACUCCUGCUCUCGAAAUUCUCUCUCAAAAUUGCUUACCUGAACUCUUUCAGAAAAUACUUGAACGACUUUUUACCAUAGUAGUUGAAGAAUUGUCUCUCAUGUUAUUUGACCCAUCUAAUUUCACAAAGAAGCAACAAGAUCGAGUAUUUCUCACUCCUCAACAGGUCUAUGUAUUGGAAUCCAUGUUGGAAUUGUUCAUUAUUUAUUUCUGUGGAAAUGAAGAGGAUAAAAACCAUGAUGACUCUUGUGGUUUGAUUUCAAAGGCCUUCAUCAAGAGUAAGAGCAUGCUGUUGAGCAAAUUGUGCAAACUCUAUAUUCAAUCGACAGAAAAACUUGAAAGUCAUUUACAAAAACUUUCCUGCAAACCUCUAUUUGCUGAGAGACAUCCCAUUAAGGCGUACCAUAUUGUCUAUGUUUUUUUCUCAAGAAAGAAGUCGGAUCAGAAAGCUCGUAAACUAUAUCAUGAGAAUAGUGAUAAGGCCAAAAUGCAACGCCUUAUUGCCAAAUUCAACAUAUAUGCACGAUAUACCAUUGUUGAGGGUUCUGUCAAAUUGCCAUUACUAUUCAGCGCCACGUGUUCAGACUCGACAAAAUAUGCAUCAGGAACGUUACAUGUGGCUGGCACUUUUCUUCUUUUCGAGUUUAGAUCUUCCAAUGUAUAUCACAGAAUUUCAUUGAAUGAUAUUACUACGAUUCACUUGACAGAGGGAAUGUUCUCUCGAAAGGGCAUUUCCAUUCACUUUAACACUUCUUCAAAUUCUGCCAUUUUCGUUGGUUCCACCUCCAAUCAGAAAAAUGGUGUGAAAUUUUAUUUUGCAGAGGAAGGAUUGAGAACAUCGCUCAUGGAAUGUCUUCAAACUCAAUUCAAAUCGCUGAAUAGAAAUGAUGUGAAAAUUAUUAAUGAAAAUAAUGCCACCACAACCACUCCUAAUAAGAGUAAGCCAUUUUCAUUCCCAUUAUUUGGAAAAAAGAGACCUAUCACUUCAGAAUCCAGUGAUUCUAUUGUUUCCAUAAUUGAAGGCGUUGUGUCAGAUGAUGACUCUGAAGAAUCGAGAGAGGAGGUCAUCAAGAAGAGAUUUGACGUUGCCAACGAUGAGGUGUGUAUUACAGAUUUUUCAGCGAGCGUCAAAAUUGCACAAAAUUCAACCUUCCAAGCCUCCAUCUUUAUUUUCACAAGCAGCUUUUGCGUGUAUUCUGUGGCUGUGAGCGUUUGUGAGAAAUUCGCUUGGAAUCGAGUUCAGAAACUGACAUGCUCUUCAUCCGACGGAAGUCUACUCAUUUCACUGAAGGACUUUGGUGACGUGACCAUUUCCAACACUCUUAAGGCAAAUACUCUGGAGUUUUUGAAUCAAUUCAACAAGUGGAAAUCUCUCACUGACAAUGUUCAAACCAAAAAGUCUCAAACUCUCAAUUUGGAAAAUUUAUUGACCUUAACCGAAGAACAAGCGAAUCGAUACUUUUUACAAAAGUUUCAAUUGCACAAGAUUAGCUCAAAAGAAAAACUCGUGACCUAUUUUAUUAUUUGUAACAAUCAAAACAACAUUCCAAAUGGUAUUGCUUUUGUGGCUGAACAAUAUUUAUGUUUUGAGAUUUUAUUCAAGCCCGAAGCCAAAGACACAGUCAUUCCAUUCACAAGUAUUCAACGUGUGAAACAAAAACAAUCCACAGAUCCAGAAAGCCAAUUAGGUAUUAUUCAUAUUGAAACGGCUCAUAAUUUGAGUUAUGAUUUCGUUGUGAUUCAUUCUGCAAUGCCAUUCACUUCUCUCUUUCAACUCGUUGCAUCCAAAACAAAACGAAGUCAAACCUUUUCCCUUAAUCCCUUCUCGAUGAUUAGUACAGGAAUGGGCAUGAUUGGAAGUUUGAAACCACCUUUAUUCUCUUAUGGAAAUUCGAGUACUAGUAAUGGGAGUAGCAAUAACAAAAUCCAGAAUUAG